UAUUUUUAGACUUCCAACCCUUUGCUGAGAAGCUACGUGGCUUGAUAAAGUUUUAGUACUUUUGUUUUUGUUAUUUGCUAUCAGUUCUCAAACUCAAUAUUACAAUAAAUGGGAUCUACACUUAAAUUUUGAAAGGUUUACCUAAUAUAAUUAGUUCUGUUUCUGACGGGACCAAUUGAACUGGAUUUAUUUCCACAAAGCUAAAGAUUCUUGCUUAAAUUUGGCUUUAUAAGACUUCUUUGCCAGUUUGACAGUCUAUUGGACUUUUUGUGUUUGCCAGAGAAAAGUCUUAUGAACUUGAUAAUGGCAGAAGAAUCAAAAGAACAGAGUACUUUCAGAUAUGAAGCAGAGGAGGACAAUGGUGUGAUACAAAUGAGAUGCUAUCUUCCAAAUCAGCAAUCCUACUUAAUGAGAGAUAUUGCACUGGACUCUGACACACUGGUCAGACAAGUGAAGCAGGACAUUCUUUACCCACUGGGCUUUAACCAUGAGGCGUAUCACAUUGCUGUUGUGACAACUGAUAUGUUGAAGCACAUGGAAGACAAUAGGCCAAUCACAGACUAUUAUGAAGAGCUACAGAAGGGGACCAUCAAGUUUGUUUCUAAGAACUAGCAAUAAAUGUCUGAGCAGCUUUAUAAACAGAAUACUUUGUUGUUUGUACACAUGUUAACAUUAAUGCAUGGCUUUUGAUUCAUUUCACAUGUACUCUACUUUUGUUUCUAAAUGACCAUGAAAGUAUCUGAUUUAUCACAAACUUUUUGUUACUUUUGUGUGAUAUAUUAUUUUAUAUCAAUAAGUUUUGAAGACUCUGUGACCCAGUAAUUUUGUGAAAGUUGGACAAACUUAUUUUUUGCCAUAUUUUUUAUGUAUAAAGUUAGUCUUACAGUGAUAUUUAAAUUUUAAGCAUUGUUUUUUUUUUUUUAGUGUAAGUAGAGAUUCUUCACAAAUAAAUGUAUGAUCGACUAGAUUACAGAUGAUUUAGAUGUAUAAAAGAACUUAUUUAGGAAGGAAUAUGAAAAUGAUUUGAUUACAGUUGAGCAGAAGUUUGUAUUAGAAUUAAACUUUCCAUUUCAAAAGAUACAUAGGAAACUAAGAAAUUCAUGGCUGAGACAUCAGGAAAAGGUCUGGAGGAACACACAAGAGCUCCCAUAGUGGACUACUAUUAGAGAGUGCCUUUGUUCCUUGAAGAACAUUCACAAAAAGAUGCCUUUUUUUUUUCAACCUAAUUUUUGUUAGUAUCAAUAAAUUCUGCAUUUGUGAUUCCGACCGCUAUAUAUCUUCAAUUUAUUAAAUGUAAUUUCAUCAGUAUUUUUUAAUUCAUGUCAUUUGCAACAGCCAUUGUGACUUCUUUAUUUUCAUAGACCUAUUUGUUACCAACUAUGUAUUUAAAGUGUUAUUGCAAGUUGAGCUUAACUGGAUAUUCACACACCUGGCUCAAAUCUUUUUUUUUCUGUAAGAAUUGGCAAGUAUCUAUUAAAAGAUUGUAUGUUUUAAAAAAGAUUGCCCUUAUGUAAAGCAAACUUUUAUUAUGUUUGUUGACAGAGAGUUGUGUAUAAAAAGAGAUAAAUGUACACUUUUUUUUUUACAAUACAUACUAUGUAAAGAGGCAUGGUGGCCAGUUGGUAAAGUGCUUAGCUUCCAAACUAAAGAGUUGGAAUCCCGGUCAAAAUUGUCAUUUAAUUUUUAAAAAAUUUCUAGCAUGCCUUUAGCAUGCCAUACAAUACUAAUGGAUACCUGAAGAGUUGGAAUCCCGGUGAAAAUUGUGAUUUAAAUUUUUUUUAAUUUCUAGCAUUACUGUGAGUCCAUACAAUACUAAUGAAUACCUGAGGAAUGUUGGGGAAGUACCAAAGCAACACCUUUAUGUUACUUAAUGUCAAAAGUAUCUUGACUUGACUUCAUUAUAUGUAAUGUUCAUUGUAGGUCACUUAGUGCUUGACUUAUGCUAGGAAUAAAUCAAUCUAGUGUGAUUUUGAAUGAGAGUGAAGAAAAGAUGGACUUGAUGCUUUUAACAAUUUUUUUUGAAAAGUAUUAAAUUUUGUGACUAGAUCUACUGAAAUAAAAGAUACUGAAGUGUA